CGUUUCUACAUAUUACUGUAUUUAGAUAUGUUGAUACUUAUUUCCUUCCAUACUCUCGAUUAUACAACGUCUAUUUGAUAUUGUGUUGGCUGUUACGUCGGUUAUAAAGUGUUUGAUUGUUAGAGCUGGGUUGAUAUCAGGACCUGCUCUCUACCGAAAUGAAUAGAAAAGAGGUUACAGAAGAUCGGUCUGGAUGUCAGGAAAAAGAAAAGCCCGAAUUUGAGUUAAAAAUGCAACCGUAUGAUGGAUUUAAUUAUCCGGUCGAGAUGCAUAACGUAGCGGAUCAACUACGUAACAUACGGGACAUGACACUGAGGGACGAUGACAUCUUUAUUACGUCAUACCCUAAGUCAGGUACACAUUGGAUUAACGAGGUUGUGUACAUGCUGUUACGAGGCCACGCCUCCUACUGCCGAAAACACUGCUGGCUGGACGCUGAUGGCUUUGACACCACUGACAACGCCCCGUCGCCAAGGAUAAUCAUUACUCACGUACCGAUCAAAUGGUUACCAUGGCGACUAAGUCAAGGGCGUGUCAAGGUCAUUUACAUGACGAGGAACCCCAAGGAUGUCGUUGUUUCUCACUACAACUUCGGCGUGAAUCUGGCUGCUACGGCGUUCGAUGGAGAGUUCAAUUACUCCUACAUUGAUAAAUUUCUCAAUGGAGAUGUACCGUAUGAUUCCUGGUUCCGAAGCGUUCUUGGAUGGGAACAGUUCCCAGACACACACCCCAAAGUGCCAUUUAUGAUGAUGAACUAUGAAAAUAUGAAAUCAAAUCUUCGACAAGAAGUUGAGAAAGUGGCUAUUUUUCUAGGAAAGGCAUUCAACGAAGAUUUGCUGGACAAAAUUGUAGAGAGCUGUUCGUUUUCAAAGACCAAACAAGACAAACAGGAAAACCCCGACCCUCGCUUCAAAACAUUUGCUAGGGAUGGAUCUCAAAUAUUGUAUAGAAAAGGAGAAGUGGGGGACUGGAAGAAUUGGUUCACAGUUACAGACAGUGAAAAUUUUGACAAAGUCUACAAAGAGAAAAUGGCGGAGUCAAAACUCACAUUUAGAUUCUCAGUGUGACCGAACGUUGUUCACAACAUUCGAGAUUGUUAUAAUUACCAAGAUUAACUAUUAUUAUAACUUACCUAGAAUAAAAUAUAAGCAUCUUCUUAAUCUCCGGGAUCAGAAAACCGUCUGGGACAUAUUAAUAAUAAUAAUAAUAUUUAUUCAGGUAAAAUGCAAAUAAUACACUUCUAUCACAUUUUGCAGAUUGGACAUAAAUAUACAUAUAUUAUCACAGAAUGAGAUCUUCUUAAAUAAGUUAUUUAUGCCAUAAGAUUAGAAGUCAGUCAGGUGUUAAAACUGGAUUGGAUUAGAUUAAUAUAGGCCUUUCCUGGGAUGACCCAUAAAGCCACAUUGUGAAUUUAUAUUGACCAAAUUACACUUUUGCUAAUGUAUUUUUGUCUUGAUAAUUUUUCUAAAUGUACUAGAACACAUUUAAGAAAUGAAUGUUUUAUCAAAUGUUGUUAUAGUCCCAUAUUACACAUUGCUAUUGAUGACAAACUUGAUAAACCGCGAUAGAACUUUAUUCACAUUUGAACAAAAGUCAAUGAAGAUUCACAAUACAAGGGCUUACCCACUCAGAUCAGCUCUCAUUCACAAUACAAGGGCUUACCACUCAGAUCAGCUCUCAUUCACAAUUCAAGGGCUUACCCACUCAGAUCAGCUCACAACACAAUACAAGGGCUUACCACUCAGAUCAGCUCUCAACACAAUACAAGGGCUUACCACUCAGAUCGGCUCUCAACACAAUACAAGGGCUUACCACUCCGAUCAGCUCUCAUUCACAAUAUAAGGGCUUAACCACUCAGAUCAGCUCUCAUUCACAAAACAAGGGCUUACCCACUCAGAUCAGCUCUCAUUCCCAAUACAAGGGCUUACCACUCAGAUCGGCUCUCAACACAAUACAAGGGCUUAACCACUCAGAUCAACUCUCAACACAAUACAAUGGCUUACCACUCAUAUCAGCUCUCAUUCACAAUACAAGGCCUUACCCACUCAGAUCAGCUCUCAUUCCCAAUACAAGGGCUUCCCACUCAGAUCAGCUCUCAACACAAUACAGGGGCUUACCCACUCAGAUCAGCUCUCAACACGAUACAAGGGCUUACCCACUCAGAUCGGCUCUCAACACAAUACAAGGGCUUACCCCUCAGAUCAGCUCUCAUCCCCAAUACAAGGGCUUACCCACUCAGAUCAGCUCUCAUUCCCAAUACAAGGGCUUACCACUCAGAUCUGCUCUCAUUCACAAUUCAAGGGCUUACCCACUCAGAUCAGCUCUCAACACGAUACAAGGGCUUACCCACUCAGAUCGGCUCUCAACACAAUACAAGGGCUUAACCACUCAGAUCAACUCUCAACACAAUACAAUGGCUUACCACUCAGAUCAGCUCUCAACCCAAUACAAGGGCUUACCCCUCAGAUCAGCUCUCAUCCCCAAUACAAGGGCUUACCCACUCAGACCAGCUCUCAUUCACAAUACA